AUGAGCCUCAGGCAGCACAAGAUCGCAGUCAUUGCGGGCGACGGCAUCGGCAUCGAGGUGACGGCAGCGGCGCUGAACGUCCUCAAGGCGGUCGAGGCGCGGUUGGGCACGUUUCGCCUAGUCUUUGACGAGUUCGACUAUGGAAGUGCCCGUUAUAAGGCGACGGGGGCGUACGCACCCGAGGGAUGGCUGGACCACCUGGCGACGUCGGACGCCAUUCUCUUUGGCGCCGUUGGUGACCCGGACGUACCCGACCAUAUCUCGCUGUGGGAGCUGAUCCUACCGAUGCGUCAGCGGUUCCAGCAGUACGUCAACGUGCGGCCCUCGUCUGUCCUGCCUGGGAUUGCCCCGCAUGCCACUGCAGCGGCGGUCGCGGGGCUCAACUGGGUGUUCGUGCGCGAGAACACCGAGGGCGAGUACUCUGGCCAAGGGGGGCGGACACAUGUGGGCAGCACGCUUGAGGUGGCGACCGACGUGGCGGUGUUUACCCGCGGUGGUGUGGAGCGGUGCAUGCGGUACGCCUUUGAGGUCGCGCGCAGCCGGGAGAGAAAGCUGCUCACUGUGGUCACCAAGAGCAAUGCGCAGCGCUACGGCCUGGUGUUGUGGGACGAAGUGGCUGCAUCCGUGGCGAUGGACUUUCCUGAUGUAAAGUGGGACAAGAUGCUCGUCGACGCGAUGACGGUCCGCAUGGUUCAAAAGCCCCAUUCGCUCGACACUAUUGUGGCGACAAACCUCCACGGAGACAUCCUGACGGAUCUGGCGGCGGCACUUUCGGGGUCUAUCGGCAUUGCUCACUCGUCAUCGCUCGACCCGACUCGGGCCAACCCGUCUAUGUUUGAGCCAGUCCAUGGUGCCGCGUUCGAUAUCAUGGGCAGGAACAUUGCCAAUCCUGUCGCUGCCAUGUUCUCCGCUGCCGAGAUGCUUCGCUGGAUCGGUGAGGAGGAGGCAGCGGUGCUCGUUGAGCGGGCGGCUACGCAGAGCAUUUGCGGUGGACAGGUGACGUGCGAUCUGGGAGGCAAACUGAGCACGGUGGAGGUGACCCGCGUCGUUUGUCAGAUGGUAGAGAGGCUGUAA